UUGCUUUCUCUUUGGGUACAGAGUUUGCUCGAAAUAAUAUAGACAAUGGCUCUGGCUGAAUAUCUUUGGGCGCUGUGUGUUGUUAUAAUUAUAUCUCAGGUGGAUGGGCAAUCUUUGCAUAACUGCAAACGAGUAGCCAAUGAGGAUGCGUUGAAGCAGUUGUGUGAUUCUAAGUCAUACGAAGUGAUUCCUGAUACCGAUAUGGAUGCCCUGUUGGAUUGUGUCAUGAGGGAGUUCAAAUUGAUCGAUUCAUCUGGGGAAGGAAUUGUUACUGGCCAAUCGCUCGAGAAAUGCAAAAGUGUUUUCAGUAAUUCAGCCAAGACCCAGUUCUGUAGGGCACGAAAGUACGAGAUGAUUACAGGUGUUGAUAUGGACAAAACUUUGGAUUGCGUAUUGAAAGCUGUCAAUGUUGUAGACAAAAUGGGAUACGGGAAAUAUCACGAUCUCUACCAGCCUAUGAAUAAUAUCGAACAACAUCGAAAACAUGACUACAAUUUGGAAAUAUGCAUUGGCAAGAGUUUCAGAUUGGAGCCUAAAGUCAAGUGUGCCAAUGCGUUCUACAAGUGCAUGAUGGAUACUGAUUCGAAGGAAACGUUCAAGAAGGUAGUAAAUGCCAGAGUGUGCAAUUAAUCUGAUUCUGUAAUGGAACCAAUGAAAUAAAAUAAAUUACGU